UUGAAGGUCCUGCAGAUGCGGAUCUAUGCAUCGUUGCCGCCUUCUUAUGAUCCAACAACAGAGGUAAAUGCUAUAAAGCAGGCUGAGACUGAGUCAUGGGAGAAUUGAUACUGGGAGACUCAAAACAAGCAGUCUUGAACAGGUUUUGGUUGUUGCAAAUCCUAGUAGGAUAUGCACACGUGUAGGCUUAGGAUUAUUUUCUUCUUUUAUAGUGUUAACAGGUGAAUAACAAAAGUAGCAUCAAGAGAAGUCAACUCUUAGAAACACUUUAUGCUUGUACUUUAGCGGUAAUAAUCAUUCAAAGGCUAUCAGAUCAUAUAACUCGCAGUAUUUUAUUUUUAAUGUCAGGACUUCAGAAUUUCAAGUCGGUUGUUAUUAUUUAUUGUUUGUUUUCUUCUUCGAGCAUUGACUCGCAAAGAGAGACUUGGCACAUCAUUGAUGUGAUGUUGUUCGGCCGGAUGAUAAAAAAUCCAUUAUUAAAGAGCUGAUCUUUUUGUAGUUUCUGUAAAUAAAACAGUUAAAGAUGAUGAGAAUUUCCAUUAAUCUUUUCCUUGUGCUGCUCAUAUUGACAAGCUGUUGCAAUUCUGAAGCAUUCUGCAUCAUAAGUGAGAGGGAAGCUCUUCUAGAGUUUAAACAAGAUGUGCAUGAUCCUUCCAACAGAUUGUCUUCUUGGAUUUCUGCGGAAUUUAAUUGCUGCCGAUGGGCUGGAAUUGUUUGUGAUAACUUAACUGGUCAUGUCACAGAGCUCAACCUCAGGAAUCCUCUGGAUAGUCAACAGCUGCAACAUGAAAGGUUCAUGCUGCAGGGUACCAUAAACCCCUCUUUGCUUCGUUUGAAGCAUCUAAAUUACCUCGACUUGAGCUACAACAAUUUCGGAGGUACUCCGAUUCCCAGCUUUAUUGGUUCUAUCGCGAGUUUAACAAAACUCGAACUUUAUAAUGCUGGAUUUCAGGGAUUAGUGCCUCAUCAACUUGGAAACCUUUCCAGUUUACGUGAGCUUGGGAUACGAGGAGCUUGUGUGUCUAUAGGUGAAGCUAAGGUGUUUGUUGAUAAUCUUCGUUGGCUUUCUCUUUUAACUUCUCUGCAGUACCUAGAUUUGAGCUGUGUCAAUAUUAGUGUAGCAUUCGAUUGGUUGUCGGUAAUCAACACUCUCCCUUCUUUAUCAGAAUUACAAUUAUCCAACUGCAAUCUUGUCGAAAUUCCUUCUUCAUUGGGAGUUAAUUUCUCGUCUCUUUCUGUACUUGAUAUUUCACAUAAUCUUUUUGGCAGCUCAAUUCCUAAUUGGUUAUUUACUCUUAGUGGUCUUACUUCUCUUGAUCUUAGCUUUUGUUACUUUGAAGGAUUGAUUCCCACUGAAAUAUCCAAUUUGACUUCUUUGUUAACCCUUGAUCUUAAUGCAAAUUUUCUCCAUGGUCCGCUCCCAUCCGGAUUCCAGAACUUGACUAGUCUACAAAAUCUCCAUCUUUAUGGAGUCAAUCUCACAAGUUUCACCAUUCCUGAAUGGUUGUAUACUUUUAGACAUCUCAAAAAUCUUGAUCUUUCUCAAACUAAUGUGCAAGGAGAAAUCUCAAGCGCCAUUGGAAACCUGACAGCGCUUGUCAAUCUCAAAUUGGCAUAUACUGAACUUGGCGGAACACUUCCGCGAACCAUGGGAAACCUUUGCAAUUUGAAAGUCAUUCUCCUGUUGGGUAACAAACUUGGCGGAGAGGUGUCAAAGGUUUUUGAAAGUUUCUCUGGUUGCAUUUUGCAAAGUCUAGAAGAGUUAUGGCUGGGAGGCAAUCAUUUUUCAGGUUAUAUAGGCAAUGGAAUUGGACAACUGGGAGAACUUCAGAUGCUUGACUUAUCAAAUAAUUUCAUAUCCGGUCCUCUUCCUGAGUCUAUCGGAAGGUUAUCAUCCUUGAUUCAGGCCUUUCUUUCUAAUAAUCAAUUAUCUGGAACUCUUCCUAUAAGUUUUGGAAACCUGUCAAAUUUGCAAUAUAUUGACCUUUCAAACAACAUGCUGGAAGGAAUUGUCUCUGAAAUUCACUUCAUAAAUCUCACAAGUUUGAAAACUUUUGUUGCCUCUCAUAACCAUCUAAGUUUAAAAGUUAGCCCGGACUGGGUUCCUCCGUUACGUCUCAAAGAAUUGGGAUUGAGAUAUUGGAAUUUAGGACCCCAAUUUCCCAUUUGGCUACAGUCAUUAGAUAAUUUAUAUUACAUUGACCUGUCUAGCACUCAGAUAUCAGAUAACAUUCCAACUUGGUUUUGGAACUUAACUUCUCACAUCAAAUAUUUAAAUCUCUCCUAUAACCAAAUCAAAGGUCAGCUUCCGAGUCAUAUUAGUUUUGAUUCAUACUUGCCAACACUUUACCUUGGAUCCAACCGAUUUCAUGGUCCAUUGCCUCGAUUCACAGCAAACAUAACAGAGUUAGAUCUUUCCAACAAUUUCUUCUCAGGAUCUCUUGGUCACUUCCUCUGUGGUUCAGCGGACAAACCAAAUCACUUGCGAAUUCUUCGUCUUGAUAAAAAUAAAAUUACAGGUCAAAUUCCAGAUUGUUGGAUGAAUUGGCAAUCACUGUUAGUCAUAAAACUUGGGAACAAUAAUCUGACUGGAAACAUUCCAAGCUCCAUGAGUUACUUGCGCCAUCUACAUUCGUUGCAGCUACGCAACAACAAUCUCUCGGGAGAAAUUCCGUUAUCUCUUGGAAAUUGUUCAGAGUUGUUGACUCUUGAUCUUGCUGGAAAUGAAUUUGUCCGGAAGAUACCAGCUUGGUUAGGAAGCAGUUUUCCAAAUCUUUUGGCUCUUAGUCUUCGCUCCAAUAUGCUGACCGGAGAAAUCCCGCUAGAAAUUUGUGGCCUCAUUUCUCUCCAAAUAAUUGACUUUGCUAAUAACAAUUUGUCAGGAAGAAUACCAAAAUGCAUAGGCAACCUCACAUCCAUGACCAGAGUACAAAAUCCAGGAGCCAAGAUUUUUUAUUCUUCAACUGGUUACUUUUCCCUAGUCGAACUGUUUUCAGAGAAUGCAUAUCUGGUGACGAAAGGAAGAGAAGUCGAAUACGACAGCAUUUUAACACUCGUAACGAGCUUCGACAUUUCAAACAACACGAUAUCAGGAGAGAUUCCGGAGGAAAUAACUGCUCUAUUGGGGUUGAGAUCACUGAAUUUAUCCGAAAAUGAUUUGACAGGAGAGAUCCCAAAGAAUAUUGGUGAUUUACAAGUGGUAGAAUCAAUUGAUUUAUCAAGAAACAGAAUUUCAGGCAACAUUCCUCAAAGCAUGGCUAGUUUGAAUUACUUAAAUUUCAUGAAUCUUUCUUAUAAUGACUUGUCAGGGGAAAUUCCAUGGAGCACUCAACUGCAAAGCGUAGAUGCUUCAAGCUUUCUUGGCAACAAACUUUGUGGACCUCCGCUGGAAAGCUGCGGAAACGGUAAGUUACCACCGGCUCCGGGCACCAAUGUAGGUAGAAAAGAAGAUGAUGACGGAUUAAAAGUGGAAGAGUUUUACGUGGGAUUGGUGGUUGGGUUUGUAGUGGGUUUCUGGGGCAUUUUUGGUCCACUAUUGUACAGCAGGUCAUGGAGACAUUCAUAUUUCAGAUUCUUAAGCAAAGUGUGGCUCAAACUGCUUACAAGAUUUGAUUGAAUUUAUGUAAAAGGAUGUCUUUUUGUUUUUA